UUCGCCGUGGUCACCAUUUAGCCAAAGGUACCACAGAUAUUUAGUCAGAAGAUUUUCGAGUUAGUGAGCGCAAAACUCGCCAGAUUGCUAGGGAACGCUAGCUAACUCUUUUAGCUGUGGUAAAGGACUGAGCGUUGUCGCAAAACUUUCGAAGCUUGGUGAGGGGCAACAAAUUAUCAGUGAAUUUCUGCUGCUCACUGCCCCCAUGGCUGAAAGAAGAUAGUUGGAUAAAGAAAAAGGAUUAAAAUGGAUCAAACAACGUAACGUCGCUGCUGCACAUGGCUUUAUUUAAGAGAUGCAAAAUGGGAAAGGAUUUUUACCUGCAAAGAAUUAGGAGGUUUCAGAGGUCUCUAUAUGCAACCCAAGCCAAGUUUGACGACACAUCUGUGACGUGCACGGGACGUCUUUUUCAAAUGAGUUGAUUUUACCCCCACUUUACCACGAAGACUCAAGGCAGGAGUCAAAAACAAAUCUGAGGGACCUUUUUAUGUCCAAUAAAUUUGUCAGUGCAUGGCUAAACAUCAUGCGGACAUUUUUGCUUGUUUAUAGCAUCUUCCAAUAAUACAGUUGGCCUUUAUUUGGAAGGUAUUGAGCCAGUUUCCACAACCUGUAUGAGUUUUAGUUUCUCUUUUGGUUUUAAACGUGCUGGAACUAUCCCUCCUGCCACAAUCCCCAGUUUCUUCCACCCACCCAGUGCCUAAAUAAGCCCUCCUGGGACAAUCGCAGAAGUCAUCAGCAGCUGCUACGCUCAGUCCUCCGCCUGUGUUUCUUCACACUGUUCUGCUCUCAGCCUACUGACUAUCCACCCACUACCUCCUCAAUUCCCGGCUCUUUUCUUAAUAAUUUUUUCUCCUUUCUGUGAGGCAUAAUCACAACACUAGCACAAUGAUGAACAUUGGCCACGGGACAGAGAUUUAGGACUUGAGUCUAGAUUGUGCCAACUUUAGUUGCAAACACACGUGACAGAUUUCCUUAGUUACGCUGGUGCCAGGUAGCAUCUUAAUAUUAGAUUUAUUUAUAUUUUUGCACCAAAUACAAUUAAAGCCAUACAAAAUAUUUAUGAAUUACCUAAACAUAUUUUUGUAUCAUAGUGCUCUUGUGUAAGUUUUCUAUGCUUGUAAAAAAAAACAUGAUAACAAAAUUGCACAAAUAAUUAGAGGAGAAUAUUGCUUUUUCUUUUUUUUUUCCCCAAGCAAUUGCUAGAUUCUUUGUGAGCGAACAAAGAAACAAAUGUAUUCAGUGAUUUGCUGUUUUGCAUGGUGUUGAUUUUCUUAGCCAGUGUGUGGUCAUGGCCCAGCCUCUUAAACAAACACCCUAUUUGCUAUUGUGACCUGUGAGAGCACACUUGACAAACGGUAGACUGUAGAUAUCUACCUUUCUCUCCCUUAUCCUCCCUUCUGUCUCCGUGUCCGAUGCCGGGCUUCAGUGGUGGGGGCAUCGGGGGAGGAGUGGGUGGCCCCGCUUCUGCUCCUCCCCGUCCAUUUCGACCAAGCCGAUAUGUUCCGGUGUCAGCAGCCACCUUUUUCCUUGUGGGAUCCACCACCUUGUUCUUUUGUUUUACUUGUCCGUGGUUAUCGGAGUACUUUUCAUCUGUCAUUCCCAUCUACAAUGCUGUUGUGUUCAUCUUCACCUUGGCCAACUUCUGCAUGGCCACUUUCAUGGACCCGGGAGUCUUUCCCAGAGCGGAGGAGGAUGAAGACAAAGAGGACGAUUUCCGUGCUCCGCUCUACAAGACCGUGGAGAUCAAAGGCAUCCAAGUGCGCAUGAAGUGGUGCUCAACCUGUCGCUUUUAUCGCCCGCCUCGCUGCUCGCACUGCUCCGUCUGUGACAACUGUGUGGAGGACUUUGACCAUCACUGUCCCUGGGUUAACAACUGCAUAGGUCGGAGGAAUUACCGUUAUUUCUUCCUUUUCCUGUUAUCGCUUACCACCCACAUCAUGGAUGUAUUUGGGUUUGGCUUGGUUUAUGUCCUGCACCACCGCCAGAGGCUGGACACGCCACACGCAGCUGUUACUAUGGCUGUCAUGUGUGUAGCUGGUCUGUUUUUUGUCCCAGUUGCUGGCCUUACUGGGUUCCACAUAGUGUUGGUGGCUCGCGGCAGGACCACAAAUGAACAGGUGACAGGAAAGUUUCGAGGAGGUGUCAAUCCUUUUACCAACGGUUGUUUCAGGAAUAUUUCAAACGUUCUGUGCAGAUCACAGGCUCCCAGAUACGUAGGCCGGUGGCGGAGCCCCCAGUCGGUGGAGAUACAGACACCGUUUCUUCGACCUGCUCUCACAGAGGCGCAGCUUGAAGCCAAGGUUCUGGACAACGGCAUCCAGAAUGACCGACACAGUGCCAGGUCCAAGAGCAGUCUGGAUCAGAAUGAGAGCCAGUCAGCUGAUGCAGAGCCCCCACCUCCUCCCAAACCAGAGCUGCGUUACGCCGGCCUGCCUCGUGCUGACACAGAGGAGAGCAGUUUGUUGACUGAAGCUCCGCCCACACCAUCAAUGUACAAGUACCGACCGGCCUUCAACAGCCCGGGAAGGAACCACACAGGGCAUACACACCCCAAUAAGAUGAUUCGAGGGGAGAGUCUUGACUCUCCGUCUCCCUCUAUCCUCCAGUCCAGCCGCCAGCCUAGCUAUCGCUCAGAGCCGAGCAGUCUAGAUGGGGUCACAGUGGUGGGGGGAGGUAUAGGGGUGCGCAGAGGUGGAGGGGAGAGGGGUGAGGGCCCCGGGGGCCCAGGCGGCCCAGGCGGAACUGCUGGGGUGGUGCCUGGGGGCAUGUCAGGUUACUCCCUGACCGGUCGCUCCUACACCUCCUAUCCAUCCUCUCUCGUUCUGUCCACCGGUGGCUCACACACCUCCAGCCUGCGCUCGGCGCACACAGCACACAACCCUCUGGCCACCCUCCACUCAGAGGGCACCACAGACACCAGCUACAAAAGCCUGGCCAAUCAAACGCCUCGGAAUGGCAGUCUGUCCUACGACAGCCUUCUAACGCCAUCCGAGAGCCCAGAGUUUGAGUCGGCGGCCCACGAGCUGUCGCCACAAAAGCUGUUUCCCUCGGCGGCUAUCACAGGCCGCACUGAGGUGGCGCUGCCCAGUACCCCGCUGCAGGGCUACAUGUCGCCCUUCCUCUCAGCUCAGAUUGCCCAGCAGAGGGAGGGGCAGCUGCUCCAGGGCUCUGCCACUUUCUCCUCCCCUCAUAGGGCCUACCUGCGUGCCGUCAGCCCUCCCCCUCCUGAGACCCAGCACCUGCUCCAACAUAACCAGGACCCCUCCACCCGAGGCCCUCGUAACCCUUCCUCCUCGUCCUCAUCCCCUGGGGCUCGUUCCCUGGAGCCCCCUGUCUCUCCGCCGCCUCGCGGCCUCUCCCUCAGCAAAUCUCAGGCUCACAGUGGAGAUGCAGGGCCUCAGCACAAGCCUCGACCUGCAGGAGGAGGUGUUGUGCUGGGAGGGGUAGGAGCCGGAGGAGGGCAACAGGCUCCACAAUUCACCUCUCGCCCAGUCUCGACCAAUCACGCCACAUCCAAACCAGGGGGCGGGGUAAAGAAGGUGACAGGCGUCGGGGGGACCACCUAUGAGAUAUCAGUGUGAGCAACAGGCGUCCUCCAUGACCCAUCACAAAGGAGGGGGUGUCACUGGACUACUUGUCUUCAUCGAGCUGGACAUUAUCUGCCACGCAGGCUCCUAAAAUUAGAACGGUUUUCUGCUGUAACGGACUGAAGGAGUGGUUCUUGGUACUCCGGUUAUGAUCUUUGUGAUGCCACGGGACUUUGGUCUUCUCCAGCCUUUACGUAUUGAACAAAGAGGAACAGGGAGGCGUGAGUCAGUUUCCCCACAGGAUUAUUGUCUGUCCAUUCAGCCACUCCGUGAGCCAUAGACUGAUGUGACUGCAACACUGCACAGCUAGCUACAGUUGUGUCGUCACACAGCUAUUCACUGAUUUGCUGUUUUGCUGUGGUACACGAGCACAGUGCAGAGUGCUGACAGCAUUUUAAGAAAAUAUCAAGUGGAUGUAGAGUGAAGGAGUGAUGAGUCAGGACUGUCGACCAAUCAAAACGCUUUCUUUUUCACUGUCUGAACGGACCACACGACGUGUUGCUUGAUGAGAGUUUUAAAGAAAAAGAGUCCAGCCUUUACACACAGUAUCAUUUAGUUUUAUAAAUCUUUUUUAAGAUAUUGUUUUAUAUUCAUGUAUAUAAUCUUACAAUUACGGUCUGGUUUAAAAUUGUCAGGCAUUGAAGAUGACUUUUGGCCAGGUGGUAGAUGUAUACUGUGUAAUUAUUCCUUUUGAAAGCGAUUUAAGAUCAGUUGCUCACUUUUUAUUGGAUGGCUGCAUCAGCCAAUCAUGAGCUCUUGCUGGAACUAUAAUCGUCCAAAGAGAAGGAUUCUUCGUUGAGCGCACAGGAGGCAAAUCAUUGAGCUGAAUUCUUUAUGAAAAAGGACAAAAAAAAUGCCACAAAGAAAUUUCAGAAUCAUGAUUCCAGCACAAGUAUCGUUGUGAAAUGUAAGCUUGCAAUGUUUGUGCUAGAGACAUUAUGCAAAAUCUGUUUUAGCUUUAAAAUCAUUUCAUGUCUUUUUGGUGUUUUUUUUUUUCUCUUUUGUGUUUUCUGCGAUCUUUAAAAAAUGCAAAGAAUAACCUUUAAUAGAUGACCAUCCAAACGGGAGCAGCGAGGGGGAGGGGUUUAUUUAUUACACCAAACUAGACCACCUUGUUUUGGACACCCAUUCAAACCAGUCUUAUUCUUUUUUUAAGUGAAGGGAUGUUUUUUUUUAUUUGAGAGGAAGUGGAAGAAUGAAACAUUGAAUGCCACUAAAUAGAUAUUUGAUAAAUUGACUGGAGUGCAGUUGGCAUUUUUAUUUUAUUUGCCUCAAAUCCAUUCGUAGUAAAACAAGACUUUUUAUGUAAUACUUUGAAGAAAAAACACAUUGUCUUGUUUAUUUUCUUAAAAAUAUAUUUAAAGGUACAGAUCUAUUUUAAACUAUGCGUCAACAAAUGACAUGAGAUUGUCAGCAAGAAUGUGGCGGUUAAAGGUGUAUUUUUUUUUCUAUAUCAGAUCCCAUUGUUACAUCUGCAGCUGGUUCCAAGUAGCGUAUUUUUUGGCAGGGGUCGGGGGUUUGAAGCUCAGCAGCAGUACAGUUUGCUCUCAGUCGCUGCUUUCUGUCAGGCUUUUUCUACAGUCUGCAUGUGUGUUAUUUCUUGGUUUGUUUUGAUGAAUGCUUCACUGGCGUGCAUAGCUUUUUGAGAAUCUUGUCAAAUGCCCAUGUGGGGUCCAUGUGUGCGUGAUAAUGAGAGAAGAAGCGUUGUUAGUGGCACCAGCAGCCGUCACACGGAAAUGGAAGAGAACCAGUGUUAAGUAAGUUUCUUCCCUCUCUGGUCAAGGAUGGCAACCCUUGAACAAUUUAAAGAUGUGUGAGAAUUAAAAAAAUAUACUUCUGUAUGAGAUAAAAUAUUACGAUUGUGGGCUGUGAUGAUGGGUGGGAACGAGUUUCACAAAUAUCUGUAACGAGUUCAUUAAAGACAUUUCCAAAAGGGUUUGUCAGGAUCAGGUUUUUAAGAAUACACAGGUCAGUGU